AUGUUGUUCGCGAUUUCCUUGCUCGUUGCCGCCGUUUGCAUCAUUUUGGCUCUUGCCACAUUCAAUUGGUUGCCUCUGCGUCUCUGGUGGCGUCGACGUCGAAGGGUCCAAGAAUUGGCAGCAUUAUUGCCGGGUCCAAAGACGCUGCCUCUUGUGGGUAAUGCGAAUCUCUUUGUUGGUCUAGAACCUGCUCAGGUGUGUCAGGUCAUUGCCGAUCUGGCGGCCAAACAUGGUGAUACCUACACCAUUUGGUUCUGCUCCAACUUCAGUGUUCUGAUGUUCGAUCCUCGGGACGUGGAAGUUGUGCUGGGCAGCACCCAACUGUUAGAUAAAGCCGUUGAGUAUGGAUUUCUCACGCGUUGGCUCAACGAGGGUCUCCUCGUGAGUCGCGGUCGCAAGUGGCACAUGCGAAGGAAGAUCAUCACGCCAGCCUUCCAUUUCCGCAUUCUGGAGCAGUAUGUGGAGAUCUUCGAUAGACAGACGCGCCAGCUGGUCAAACAUCUGCAAUUGGCCCGCGGCAACCAUGGGAAUAAUUCCAUCGAACUGGGUCAUGCUGCCCAUCUGUGCACCCUGGACGUCAUCUGUGAAACCGCUAUGGGAGUUUCGAUCAAUGCGCAGACAAAUGUGGACUCGGAAUACGUGAGGGCGGUAAAGACGAUAUCGAUGGUGCUGCACAAGCGUAUGUUCAAUAUCUUUUAUCGCUUCGAGCUGACCUAUAUGCUGACUCCAUUGGCCCAGGCCGAGAGAAGGGCCUUGAGUGUACUGCACAACUUUACGGAAAAGAUUAUUGUGCAGCGACGGGAGGAAUUAUUGAGCAAUGGGAGCAAGCAACAGAGUGACGCUGAUAUGGAUGUGGGAGCCAAGCGUAAGAUGGCCUUCCUGGACAUUCUGCUGCAGUCGAACAUUGAUGACAAGCCGCUGACCAAUUUGGAUAUACGUGAGGAGGUGGACACCUUUAUGUUUGAGGGACAUGACACGACCUCAUCGGCGAUCAUGUUCUUCUUCUACAACAUUGCCACACAUCCGGAGUGUCAGCGCAAGUGUCUGGAUGAGAUACUCGCCGUCAUGGGCAAGGACAAGGAGACACCAGUCACCUAUGAGCUGCUCAAUAAGCUGCCCUACAUCGAUCUCUGCAUCAAGGAGACACUACGCAUGUUCCCCUCCGUACCGCUGCUGGGUCGCAAGGUGCUCGAGGAGUGUGAAAUAAAUGGUAAGAUCAUUCCAGCCGGCACCAAUAUUGGCAUAUCUCCACUUUAUCUGGGACGUCGCGAGGAUCUCUUUGCUGAUGCUCACAGCUUCAAACCGGAACGUUUUGAUGUCGUCACCAGCGCCGAAAAGCUCAAUCCCUAUGCCUAUAUACCCUUCUCGGCCGGUCCACGCAACUGCAUCGGUCAAAAGUUCGCCAUACUUGAGAUCAAGGCGAUCGUUGCGAAUGUCCUACGUCACUACGAGAUCGACUUUGUCGGCAACGCCUCAGAGCCUCCAGUUCUCAUAGCUGAACUGAUAUUGCGCACCAGGGAUCCCCUCAUGUUUAAGCUGAAGGAACGUGUCUAUUGAUCACUGAUCAGUUCCAUAUAGUUCUAUAUACUAAUGACGCUUACUUCUGUAACUUAAAUUCAUUUAAAAUAUUGCAAGUAAGAUGUUCAUAUAAUAAACUCUCCAUUUAUACAAAAUUACA